AUGUUCGACGUGCAUGUGAUCGCUUGGAUUUGGUGUGGAUUGUGUGCUGCGGCCAGCGUAUUUGUGGCGAAUUUAAAGCGAAGAACUCACCCACGAGAUGCUGCCGAAAACAAUGCAGAGUUUCGGGGACUGCAACGACGUUUCCUCUUCCCCUACUUAGUGGUCCUUUUCUCAGAAAGCUUACAGGCACCGUACCUCUAUGCGUUUUUCUAUGAUCUCCACUUCUUGCCAUCACAAAUCGCCGUCCUUUACGUGAUCGGUCUGAUAUCCAACAUGAUCUUCAGUUUCUAUUGCGUACACCUUUCGGCAAGAUACGGUCGUCGAGCUCUCUGUCUUCUGUGUCUCAUGGCCGGAAUCUUCGGAUGUGCAUGUAAACUUAAUACAUCGUUUGUGAUCCUCUUCGUGGGGCGUGUAAUGGAUGGUCUUUUUGCGGCUCUUGUCACGAGUCCAUUCCAGCAAUGGCGAAUAAUUUCGAUUUGUGAUGGCGGAAUAUUCAUCACAUCGCAAUGGAAUGAAAAUCGUUCGGUGGACGCGCCGUUGCCGUUCAGAAAUGUGAUUGGGAAAGCCUUGGCGGUGAUACGCUCAAAUCCGAUGGCAUUCGUGAUAAGUGUGACAUCAUGCUGUGCUGAGAUGGCAUCUCAAAUGUUCGUGUUCGUGUGGGCUCCGCUGUUCAUUCGUGCUGAACACAGUGGCAUGAAGAGCGUCUACGCCUUGGGUGUUAUCUAUGCGUCAUUCGUUGCCUCGUAUUUGGCUGGAUUACUGCUGUUUUCUUCGCUCUCGAAGAGAAUGAGGAAUUCAAGGCUACUCUUGCUGUCUAUGACUGUCGCUUUUUUGGUUUUCGUUGUAGCAAUUCGUGAAUUACCAUACGCACACAGCGACUGGACCGCUACCCGUUUUGAGCGCGUGUUCUUGUGUCUGGUAGUUUUUGAAAUCGCCUAUGGUGUUUAUAAUCCGUCCAUGGAGGCUUUGCAGGCAAUCGUACUACCAUAUCUGCACCAGCGUUCUGUUCUUCUUGCUCUCGUUCGCCUGCCUUUGACUUUCUUCGUCUCGCUGUCGAUAUUAGCGUUUUUCCCAACGCCAGGAGGCGAAUUCAAAUUGAUGGUGUUUAUUGUGGUUCAACUAUUCAUCGCGGCAAUGCUAUCGUUGUUGCUAGACGCGGUGGUGAUGAAUCGUGGUUAUGAGCAAGAUCCGGAUCGCUUUAUUCUACCAAAAACCAUUCCAGUGGACAUGAAACAACCGUCGGACAGCCCAAUGUAUAUGUUUUAA